ACAACCCUUCGGAACAAAGCGCAGGUAGGAUGCAUCACGGAAGCAGGUAAGUUGUGGUUCCACAAACUUGUAGCCUGAGAAUGUCCAUGCGCCAACUCCACCCAACAGCAGAUUUUCUCCCCUUUGUCACGCCUACCCAACUUUAGGAAUCCCCGCACCUCUAACACUUCCUUCCGCGCCGUCCAUCGCCGCCGGUGGAACCCUAAGUUUUUCUUACCCUUUUGAUUUCCGUUGUAUCGAUGAGUGAGAAGACUCAGACUCAAACAGAAUCCCUGCCCGAUUCGGAUUCAGGACCGCAAACUGAAGCACGGUCGGAGUCGCCUUCCCCAACUGCGGAUUCUGGGCUUCAAUCGGAAUCGGAACCGACCCUUGUUUCCGGCGCGCCACUUGAUAUUUCUCGCAAUCACUCGAACCCUUCUAAAAUCCCAAUUCGGCCCAGGAAAAUUCGGAAACUAUCGGCCACUACCUCUGUCGAGGUUGCUGAUCAGAGCCGCCCAGAAACCGUCCUCGAUCCUACUUCCCCCUCUUCACUGAAGGAGAUCAUUCCCGUAACCUUUCCCGCCUCAACUUCCGGCGCUUCCACCGCCACCACAUUGGCGAGCUCCAGGAAUCGCCGGAAAGCAGUUACCCAGAUAUCCAGGCUUUUGCCCCAAAUUGUUAAGCCUUUAUCAGCUGAUGGAGAAAUUGAGCUUGCCAUCCGCCAUCUCCGAGCUUCAGACCCUCUCCUUGUGUCCCUGAUUGACACUCUCCCUCCGCCAACAUUUGAAACGCGUCAUCCACCCUUCCUAGCUCUGGCGAAGAGUAUUCUUUACCAGCAACUGGCAUAUAAGGCUGGUACAUCAAUAUACACGCGAUUCAUAUCCCUCUGCGGUGGAGAGCUAGCUGUUCAUCCUGAUACCGUUCUCUCCCUCUCUGCUCAACAGCUCAAGCAAAUUGGAGUCUCUGGCAGAAAGGCAAGCUACCUAUAUGAUCUGGCAAACAAGUACAAAUCUGGGAUUUUGUCUGAUGACACUGUUGUUAAAAUGGACGAUCGCUCACUGUUUACAAUGCUGUCAAUGGUUAAGGGAAUAGGCUCUUGGUCUGUUCACAUGUUUAUGAUCUUUUCACUGCACAGACCAGAUGUCCUGCCCGUAAGCGAUUUAGGGGUAAGAAAAGGGGUACAAUUGCUGCAUGGGUUAGAGGAUUCGCCAAAGCCAUCUCAGAUGGAGCAGCUGUGUGUGAAAUGGAAACCCUAUCGGUCAGUGGGGGCAUGGUACAUGUGGCGGUUCGUAGAAGGAAAGGGGACACCGGCCUCCGCAGCAGCAGCAUUAGAUGGUAGUGCUGUGCAGCCAUUGCAUCAAAUUGAUCACGUGCAGGAUGCACAGGAACAGCACCAAUUGCAACUUUUGGAGCCCAUUAAUGGCAUUACGAAUCUUGGGUCUUGUAUAUGGGGCCAAUAGUGGGGAUUCGACUGUGCUCAGCGCUAUAUGAUAGAAAUUUUGUUGGAGCGACUCCACGCUGCUUGUGACCAUAUUGUCCUACUGCAUAGAAGCUACUCUGGUCUGACUUUUUAUCGUUCUUUGUUUUGUAUAAAUGAUGAAAAUUUAGACCACUCCGUGUUGAUAUAAUUUAAUAAUGAUUAGGGAUUUAGGGUCAGGCAAGUUCCCUGAAGUAGUGAAGUGGGCAAUUUGGCAAGUUCCCGUCUCUUUAACAAAUGAAAUUUGAAAUUUUGAAUGUCAAAAUGAAGUCAUUGCAGCGAACAUCUUCCUUUUACUAUUCCUGUCCCCUUUCCGAUAACCAACCUGAGCGGCUGAGCCUUUAUAUUAUACUCCCUUCGAUUCUCAAAGGUUAAAAAAAUAAAUUUGACUUUACUGUGGAGUGCACUGUUUGGACACUGUUUGACACUGUUUUACAUGUUUUGAUGUAGAUAAUUUGUCAAAUAAGGAAAUAAGAAGAAGUGUGAAGUUAAUUUCGGGACUUCCCGAAAAGGAAAGUGGGAAGUUCUUUGAAAACCGGAGGAAGUAGGUGGUAAGACUUCUAGUGUGGAAGUGAUCACUUGCCUAUCAAUGGGGUUAUUGAUAGGUAAGGCUUGGGAUGUUGAGCUCAAAAUGUUAGACAUUUUCCAUCAUUUGCAAUGGAGCCAAAGAUUCAUUAUUUUUUGGCUUGAGAUUAUGAUGGAAUACAGUAAAAAAACUCACUAAACUGUCUGUGCUUCUUUGUUAUGAAGCAGCAGUCAGUCCAUGCAAUUUUGGACGUGAUUUUCACUAUGGUUCAUCCGGAAAUAGUCUCUCUGUGCUUUAGUAUAGGGGUAAGACUGCGUACAUCUGCCCCCCUUACCCCACCGUAGGUGGGAGCCUUUGCGACACUGGGGUAAAUGAAAGAAAAUGAUGAAAAUGAUAUCCAAAUAGAAAAGUACACCCUAUCAACUAAAUGAGAUGAACGAGCUUGAAAUCCUGUUUUUUCUCAUCCAUUAACUCAUCAAGAAGAUGUUACUCCCUCCUUCCCAUUUUAUCUGUUUUAUUUUCUUUUUUAGAUUGUCCCAAAAUAAGUGUCACAUUUCUCUUUUGAAGAGAAAUUUGUGGUUCACAAGAUUUCAUUUUAUUAUAUUUAAAUUUCAAUCAUAAUUUUUACUUUUUCCAUCUGAGGCAAACAAUUGUCACCAAGACUAGUUGAGUAUUUCAUUCGUAAAAGGGUGAAGAUUUGUCAAUCUCUAAACUUUAAGACAGAAAUUUCGGACCCCAUAACAAGAAAAUGUCAGGUUGAUAGCUCUGCCCAGGUGUGCCUAUGUCAUGGACCGCUAUCUGAUACACGUAUUAUAUGUAUUGAGCCUGCAUCCAUAACUUUAGAAAAAUAUUGAACUCAUUUGUAAGAAAUAGUUUUUUUUUUUCUCAUUCGCAUUCAUAAUUUUAUAAAAGCAUUGGACCCAUUUAUAUAGACAUUCAACACUCAUCAGUAGACCACCCGCUUAAGUAGGGUAAGAGCAGGCUUCAACUCAAAAAAUGCUGCUAGCAUAUUUGGUAGUACCAUAAAAACUAAAACAUUUUGUGUCCAUAAGUCGGGUGUUUGAAACUUCUCAAAAGCUAUACCC